GGCCUGCCUCCCGGCCCGGCCAUGGCGUCCUACUUCGACGAGCACGACUGCGAGCCCGGAGCCCCGACGGGGGACCCGCUGCCGCCGCGCCGCGCCCUGCUGGAGCUGGCCAGGUCCCUCUUCCACGGCCUGGAGAUCGACGUGGACGCCCUGGAGGGCAGCGACUGGGACCACCGGCUUCCCCCGCCCGCCGCCAGGCGCGCCGUGGAGGGGCUGCCCGAGGUGCGGGUGGGCGCCCCGCAAGCAGCGAAGGGGCUCCGGUGCCCGGUGUGCCUGCUGGAGUUCGAGGCGGAGGAGGCGGCGCGGCAGAUGCCCUGCCAGCACCUCUUCCACGCCGGCUGCCUCCUGCCCUGGCUCGGAAAGACCAACUCCUGCCCGCUCUGCCGCCACGAGCUGCCCACCGACGACCCGGACUACGAGGAGUACAAGCAGGAGAAGGUCCGGAAGGAGCAGCAGGUGCACCGACUGGAGUAUCUCCAUGGCGCCAUGUACACGUGACCCCCGGGGCCCGAGCGGCUUCCGGGGAGGAGAAAAGCCCCCCGCCCACCCACCCCGCCCGCUAACCUCCUCGGCGCUUCUUCCUAAGCGAGCCCUCCGAUGCGCGGAGCCCAGAGCGGCCUCUGGACAAUGAAGGCGGGCCGGUCUUUGGUUCCAGGCUGCCUCCCCAAAGGGGCUCCGUGCAAGCCAGCUGGUAAGAGCGGUCAGUGGGUUUCUCUCCGCCCGCCCCCAUGGCCGUAUGGCCGCCUAUCCAGCCGUGGCCGUUCCCAGCAUUUGCUGCAGGCUGGAAAUUGGGCUUCUCCCUGGAAGCUGCCCGCUGAGCCGUCACGUGGGGAAGAGAGAAGGAGGCAAGCUGCCAAGGAGAAAAACCGCGUGAAGGGCUAUCUAUCUAGGAAAUACAUAAUAAACAU